ACUCGAGAGGUUUGCCGACAGUUUUCGAUGUCUGGGCAAGAUUCGCAUUUUUGCUUUUGAUAUCACUUCGCAUGAUGCGGAAUAACUCUACGACAUUGUAGGUGACGUACCUUUCCUGCAGUCCUCAUAGCUGGGAAACUAAAAUCUUGAUAUAAUCGACUGCUCGUGGUCUUCGGCUGCGUCAACUGAGCAGCAUGUUCCACAAAGGCGGCGAAGGGCGCCCUAGAGGUUUUGGCUUCGGAAGCUUCGAGGUUUCUUCAAAGAAAUCCGAUUCGCAGCUUGGUCGCAGUGCUUUGCAACCAGAAACGACACCUGUUCCCGCCUUACCGGUUGUAAAUCGACGUGGCUACACUGGCUUGAGCACCAUAACACAAAACGCUUUGGACAUCAACUAUGGAAACCUUCGCAAGCGGCCUAAGACCGAAGAUGAGUACUUUGAACAGGAUGAUGAGGAUGGGCGUGGAGGGCAGUUGGCAUACAUACCUGCCCCGGGAAGUCCUUCGUGGGAUGAGCAGCAGCAUCGAGAGAAACAACAGAAUUCCUCUGAUAGUGAAGAAGACCCUCUAGACGCCUACAUGGCUGAUAUUCAGAAAAAGCUGGAAAAAGAUAAACCUUCCAUUUCCAAGAAUAGCAAGAUGCCCGAGAAGGAAACCAAAUCAAAGGAUGAACUGAAGGGCGUUCGUGAUGAUAUAGAGAAUGAAGACGAUGAAGAAUCCUAUUAUCGUUACAUUGAAGAGAACCCUAACGCAGGAGCAGACAAAGAUGACAGUGACGUUGAGCUGGAAUAUGAUGAGGAUGGCAAUCCGAUUGCCCCAGUCAAGUCAAAGUACAUCGAUCCACUGCCACCUAUAGACCACUCAACCAUUGAGUACAAGGAAUUCACCAAGAACUUCUAUGUGGAGCAUGAAGAAAUAGCUGCACUCAGUGAUGCCGAGGUGGAUCAGUUGCGUGCUACAUUGGGUGUCAAAGUGACAGGAGCUAUUCCACCAAAACCUGUGACAAGCUUCGGCCAUCUGGGAUUUGACGAAUCGAUGCUCAAGGCUAUUCGCAAAGCAGAGUACACACAACCCUCGCCCAUUCAAGCGCAGGGAGUCCCAGUGGCACUGAGCGGCAGAGACAUGAUUGGCAUUGCCAAGACUGGCUCAGGAAAGACUGCCGCCUUCAUCUGGCCCCUCUUGACACACAUCAUGGAUCAGAGAGAGCUCGCACCAGGGGAAGGUCCUAUUGGCCUGAUUUUGGCACCAACCAGGGAGCUCGCUCAACAGAUCUAUCUCGAAGCCAAGCGCUUCGGCAAGGUGUAUGGUGUAGCUGCUGCCUGCUGUUUUGGUGGUGGCAGUAAGUGGGAGCAGUCCAAGGCACUCCAGGAAGGAGCCGAGAUUGUCGUCGCCACCCCUGGUCGCAUGAUUGACAUGAUCAAAAUGAAAGCCACUAACCUGGAGCGUGUUACAUUUUUGGUGCUGGAUGAAGCGGAUCGCAUGUUCGACAUGGGCUUUGAACCCCAGGUGCGGUCCAUCUGUGACCAUGUUCGCCCUGACAGGCAGACCCUCAUGUUCAGCGCUACAUUCAAGCGCAAAGUGGAGCGGCUGGCUCGCGAUGUGCUUACGGACCCUAUCAAGGUGGUUCAGGGUGAUGUGGGAGAAGCUAACGAAGAUGUGACACAAAUUGUACUCGUGAUGCCCAGCAUCCCACCGACAUCCAAAUGGAACUGGCUCACUACACACUUGGUGGAAUUCACCUCAGUGGGCAGUGUUCUCAUCUUCGUCACCAAGAAGGCUAAUGCAGAGGAGCUGGCAAACAAUCUAAAAGCCCAUGACCACAAUGUCGGUCUUUUACAUGGAGACAUGGAGCAGAAUGACAGAACAAAAGUGAUUGCUUCUUUCAAGAAAAAGGAUUUCCCUAUUCUCGUGGCCACAGACGUUGCUGCACGUGGUCUGGACAUCCCCCACGUAAAGACUGUCGUGAACUAUGACAUUGCUCGUGACAUUGACACCCACACACACAGGGUUGGCAGGACUGGCCGUGCAGGUGAGAAGGGUGUGGCGUACACACUGAUCACGGACAAGGAGAAGGAAUUUGCUGGCCACCUUGUGCGUAACUUGGAAGGGGCUAGCCAACACGUGCCUCAAGAACUGAUGGACCUUGCCAUGCAGAGCCAAUGGUUCAAGAAAUCGCGCUUCAAACAAGGCAGUGGCAAGAGACUCAACGUGGGAGGCCAUGGACUUGGUUUCAGAAUAAGGGAGCGGCCAGGCCUCGGCUGCUCUGAUAGUAGUGGUGGUUCCCAGAGGCAUGCUCCUGCGGCUGGACCCAUGUCUGGGAUGGGCAGCUAUACCGCUAGCGUGCUCUCGGGGCCGAGGUUUGUGGCUGCUUCUGGAAAUAAGGCAGAUGCCGGAAGCAACAUAGCCUCUCCUGCCUCCACACCUCGCCUUGGAGCAGGUCCUCAGACAGACAGGCUGUCGUCCAUGCGGGCAGCUUUCCAGGCUCAGUACAAGUCUCAGUUCACAGCAGCUACGGACACUUCAUGGAAGCUCGGGCUGCCGCGUUCACCACCCCGUCGACCACCCUCACCGCCGCGACACACAGCGUUCACCCCUGUUCCAUUUGCAGUACCUGCUCCUGUGCAGUUCACAUCACCAACCCUCAGUACAGAUGCACGUCGAGAUUCGCAAGGGAACGAUUCCAGCAGUCGUUCAGCUUCUCAGGACAGUUCAAGCCAGAACAGAUCUUUCAGCUCCAACUCUGGGCAGCAGCCGAGUGGCACAUCUAAAGAGGAAAGGCGGAGAAACAGAAAGUCACGCUGGGAUUGUUAGCUUGAUGCAUUUUUUAAUGGGUAUGAUGUACUACUUCGAAGACCAUUUUAAUUAAAAACCCUACCGCAUGUAUUCCUUGAUAGUUACUGUUCACGCAUGCCUGAUAUACAGAGACAGGAAAGCAGAAGCCAAGGACUGCAUUGCUGUUAUGGGUUUUCACUCUUCAGUGUGGCUCAACUUGGCUCCAACAUGUCGCAUUUCUAGUGUCAUAACUUCAUGUUACCUUUUUUUUUUGUAGAUUCUCUCAUCGUGCAUUGAUCAGUUGUUGCUUUACCCCAAAAAUAAAUAUCUUUCAAAAACAUGAAGCU